CAGCUUUACUCAAUGAAUUAGUAAUAGAACGUGUGUGUAGCAACUGUUAUUAAGAUCCGUUGAAAAAGGAAAAUUUUUAUAUAAAUUUAAAAACAUUUACUAUAUUAUUUGUGAAUAUAUUUCUUUUUAAAAUAUAAUUUUACAAGAUUAGAAAUGCCAGGCUGUUUCUUUCAUGAACCAAUUCGCAUACCAAUUGAUCGCAAUGAACAAUCGGAUAUACUCAAGGGUUCUCAACUAAUAAGAGUUUCAAAGUUUUAUAACGAAAGUAAAAAUGGAAAAUUUAUAAGUUUUAUUCAUGAAGAUACACGGACAUUAUAUGAUGCUUUUCGAAAAGGUGCGAAAGAAUCCAAUAAUGGUCCCUGCCUUGGAUGGCGCGAUGGACCUCUUCAAUCGUAUCAUUGGUUACAUUAUAAUGAAACCCUUUUAAGAGCAAAAAAUUUGGGAUCUGGUCUCGUUUCAUGCGGUUUACAACCAUGUGCUCAAACUCUAAUUGGUCUUUACAGUCAAAAUUGCCCUGAGUGGAUAUUAACGGAACAAGCUUGCUAUACAUAUUCGCUUGUAGUCGUACCUUUGUAUGAUACUUUAGGACCAGAUGCAUGCGCAUAUAUUAUAAAUCAAGCUGAUAUAAAUUUGGUUGUAUGUGAAAAUGAUCAAAAAUGCAAUUUGCUUUUGGACAAAGCACCAAGAUGCUUACGCAAGUUAGUUGUUAUGAAAGAAAUAAAAUCGUCAACAAAACAAAGAGCAAAGAAUAGGGGUAUAGAACUAUAUCGUUUCGAAGAUAUUGAACAAUUGGGUUCAGAAAAAAAUAAUCCGGAAAUGCCGGCAUCUUAUAUGGAUCUUUGUACAGUUUGUUACACUUCAGGAACGACUGGUAAUCCAAAGGGUGUUAUGCUAACUCAUCAAAAUGUUAUGGCUGGUGUUUGUGCUGUUUUACUUCAAUUAGGAGAUUAUAAGCCUACACCCAAAGAUACAAUGAUUAGUUUUCUACCACUAGCUCAUAUGUUGGAAAGAUGUUGUCAAAAUGCAAUGUACAUGGUUGGUGGAUCAGUAGGCUUUUUUAGAGGCGAUAUUAAAGGAUUAUCAGCUGAUAUGAAAGCAUUAAAACCAACGGUUAUGCCAGCUGUUCCACGACUUUUAAAUCGUAUUUAUGAUCAGGUUAGAUCAGAAUUAGAAAACUCAUUUUUAAAACGGAUAUUCUUUAAUAUGGGUUUACGAUAUAAGGAAUCUGAUAUUAAAAGAAGUAUUAUUCGAAAAAAUACUAUAUGGGAUAGUUUAGUUUUUAAAAAUAUUCAAGAAGAUAUGGGAGGAAGAUUACGUUUAAUGAUAGUAGGAUCAGCUCCUCUUUCAGGAAAGGUUCUUACAUUUGCUAGAUGUGUGCUAGGAUGUCUUAUUGUAGAAGGCUAUGGACAAACUGAAUGUGCCGCACCAAUUACUUUAUCCGUUCAGGGCGAUCCUAUACCUGAGCAUGUUGGACCACCAGUAGCUUGUUGUUGUAUUAAAUUAAUGGAUGUACCAGAGAUGGAGUAUUAUACAAGUAAUAAGCAAGGUGAAGUUUGUGUAAAAGGUACAAAUGUUUUUGCAGGCUAUUAUAAAAAUCUUGAAAAAACUGCGGAAGUAAUUGAUGAGCAAGGAUGGCAUCAUACUGGAGAUAUCGGAAUGUGGCUUCCGAAUGGAACUUUGAAAAUUAUUGAUAGAAAAAAACAUAUAUUUAAACUUUCUCAAGGAGAAUAUAUUGUUCCAGAAAAAAUUGAAAAUAUUUACAUUAAAAGCCAAUACAUAUAUCAAGUUUUUGUGUAUGGUGAAUCAUUAAAAUCAUGUAUUAUUGCAAUUGUUGUACCGGAUGUCGAUGUUAUAAAAUGUUGGGCCUUAGAAAAUAACAUACCUGGUACUUUAAGUAUAUUAUGUGUUAAUUCAGAAGUUAAAAAUGUAAUUUUAAAUGACAUGUUGAUCAGGGGCAAAGAUGCUGGUUUAAAAUCUUUUGAACAAAUAAAGGAUAUAUACCUUCAUCCAGAUCCGUUCUCUGUUAAAAAUGGUCUUUUAACACCAGCUUCAAAAAUAAAACGUCCACAAUUAAAAACGUAUUUUAAGCCCCAAUUGGAAGAUCUUUAUCAAAACUUACCUUAAAUAAGUUUAAUCAAGUAAAAUAUCUAUUACGAAACUAUAACUCUUUUCCCAAACAA